CAUUCAACUUUUCACUUGCUCAUGUUUGUUUGCAUUUUCACUGAACCCAUCUUCAACAACCAGCCAAACAAAACUCUCAUCAGUUUACGAAGACUCUGAACCAACAGUUCAAAGCCAGUCUCAUUUAUCCAUAUCACUCUACGAACUCUUCUCACAAACCCAACGGGAAUUAUGCUCCUCCGGAACACCGGCCCUCAGGAACAAGACCCAGACAUCUUCCUCACCAUGUCCUCGCACACUUCCGCCACCCAUUACCAUAACGAAAACCCUUACCACCGCCAAACCGAAAACGACACCCUAUCCGACAUUUGGGAGGACGCCGAAAUCCUCGCCACCAUGACGCACUCCUAUCAGCCCCAGCCCGGGCAAGUAAGCGACAUCCCGCGCCUCUCACAGGUGCAUUCCACCGCCGGCUACCGCGACGGCAUCGCCCUCGCCAAAUCGCGCACAGCGCAGCAGGGCUUUGACGAGGGCUACGGGCUGGGCGCGACCAUUGGGCAGCGCGCGGGCCAGUUGCUGGGCGUGCUGGAGGGCCUGGCGGCGGCUGUGGGGCUGCACUCGCUUUCUCUUUCCUCUCAUCAGCAGUCACGGCAAGGGCAAGGGCGGGAGGAGGCGCGGCGGAUUGAGGGGCUGCUGGCAGAUGCGAGGCGGGAGCUGAAUGUGCGGGGGGUUUUCGGGAGGGAGUUCUGGGCCGAGGAUGGGAACUGGCGGUAUGAAGUCGGGACGGGGACGACGGCGGAGGUGCCGGUGUUUGCGGAUGUGGCCGACGCGCAUCCGCUGUUGAGGAAGUGGAGUGCCAUUGUACGGGCCGAGGCGGCCAGGUAUGGAGUGGACUGGGAGAUCCUGAAGGAUGAAGUGGGGGAGGUUAGGAGGGACGAGGAAGAUGAGGACGAGCAUCAGGAGCGGGAAGGGAGGAUGAGGAGAGAUGGGAACAGUAGGGCAGUCGUGAGGGAAAGGGAGACGGCGUUUGCUUGGUGAGCGCGGGCAUGGCUUGGAGGAGCGGCAAUGGACGCUGGUCAUCCUUGGAACGCCAGCCAAUUCCGGGAUGGGCUAAAUCACCUGGCUUUUUGAACGGCAUCCUGCGUCUCGGAAGUUGAGGCUUUCAGAGACCGACUGGG